GGAGCAAUGGGAAACCAGGAGUCCCAGUUAUUUUCAGUGCCUGCUCAGAAGCUGGAUAAUUUUAUCCGGGACUAUGUGAUGCCCAAUGAAGAGUGUCAGGAACGCAUUGACUGCAUCGUGGACGUCAUCUGUGACAUCCUGCAGAGCACGGAGCACUUCCCUGCGGUGCAGGGAGUAGCCAAAGGUGGAUCCUACGGCCGGAAAACAGUCUUGAGAGGCAGCUCUGAUGGCACCCUCGUCCUCUUCCUCAGUCGCUUCAAACAAUUCGAGGAUCAGAGGAAAAACCAACAAGAAAUCCUCGAAAGAAUCGGGGAUCUCCUGGAGUACCACGUGCACAAAAAGGGGCUGGACGACUGGGUCGAGGUCCAGUGUGGCCGGGUCGUUAUCCAGGUGUCUGGAGGAACGCAAAGAAUCUCCUUCAAGGUGCUACCUGCCUUCAACGCUCUGGGCUUCCUGGAGGACCCCAACCCCUGGAUCUAUCGCGAUCUCAAAAGAUCCUUGGAUAAGGCACAAGCCGGCCCCGGUGAGUUCGCAGUCUGCUUCACAGAACUCCAGGAGAAGUUUUUUAACAACCGUCCCAGACAGCUGAAGAAUUUGAUCCUCUUGGUAAAGUACUGGCACCAACAGUGCCAGAAAACAAUGGAACAUUGGCCCGUGCUGAGUCCGUACGCUCUGGAGCUGCUUACGGUGUAUGCCUGGGAGCAGGGGUGUGGAAAAGAAAACUUUGAUAUAGCUGAAGGCGUCAGAACCGUUCUGAAGCUGAUCAAGUGCCAGGAGCAACUGUGCAUCUAUUGGACGAUCAACUACAACUUUGACGAUGAGACCGUCGGGAACAUCCUGCUGAACCAGCUCCAAUUGGAGAGGCCAGUGAUCGUGGAUCCAACCGACCCAACCAAUGACGUGAGCAGAGGGAAGAGCUGCUGGCAGGCGCUGAAACGAAACGCUCAGGUCUGGCUCACGUCUCCCAGCCUGGACAGCCAGUUGCCUGCAUCGUCUUGGAACGUCCCGCCAGCACCGCUCUUCGCGACCCCGGGCCAUCUUCUAGACAAGUUCAUCCGGGACUUUCUCCAGCCCGACCAAUGCUUCCUAGAUCAGAUCGAGACAGCCCUUGACAUCAUCUGCAAGUUCCUUACAGAACGUUGCUUUCAACGGACACCUGCCAAGAUCCAGAUCGUCAGGGGAGGAUCAACCGCCAAAGGCACAGCUCUGAAGACCGGCUCUGAUGCCACACUCGUCGUGUUCCAUGACUCGAUUAAAAGUUAUGCCUCCCAAGGAAGCGAAGGCAGCAAAAUCGUCAAGGAAAUUCAGAAACAGCUGGAAGCCUGUGAACAGGAGAAGGAGUUUGAAGUCACGUUUGAGAUCUCAGUACGGAAGGCUCCCAGGGCACUGAGCUUCUCUCUAAAAUCCAAAGUGCUCAACGAAAGCAUCGACUUUGAUGUGCUACCUGCCUUUAAUGCACUGGGUCAAUCGAGCUCCGGCUCCACACCCAGCCCCAAGGUUUAUGCUGAGCUCAUUCAGAUGUAUAAAUCCCCAGACAUCCCGGGGGGAGAGUUUUCUACCAGUUUCACGGUGCUACAGCGAAACUUCAUUGGCUCCCAGCCCACCAAACUGCGGAAUUUAAUUCGCCUGGUGAAGCACUGGUACACACAGUGCGAAAGGAAACUGAAGCCUAAGGGGUCUUUGCCCCCAAAGUACGCCCUGGAGCUGCUCACCGUGCACGCCUGGGAGCACGGGAGCAAGACCCUGGACUUCGACACCGCGGCGGGUUUCCGGACGGUCCUGGAGUUGGUCACGCAGUAUCGGCAGCUCUGCAUCUUCUGGAUCGUCAAUUACAACUUUGAGGAUAAGAGAGUGGAGAAGUUCCUCCUGACCCAGAUCCAGAAAACCAGGCCCGUGAUCUUGGACCCAGCCGAACCUACUGGCGACGUGGGAGGAGGGGACCGUUGGUGUUGGCAUCUUCUGGCAAAAGAAGCGAAGGAAUGGUCGUCCUCUCUCUGCUUCAAGGAUGAGACGGGAAACCCAGUCCAGCCAUGGAAGGUGCCAACAGCGCAGACACCGGGAAGUUGGGGAGCUGGGGUGCAUGCUGCUGUCAGUGAGAGGCUCUGAGUCUCAAAUCAUAGAAUGCU